AAUUGAACAAGAAGCCCUGCUUUCCAAGAAAACACACACAAACACACAGAGGUCGAAUUCUCCUUUUGGGCGCAAAUUCGAACACACAUUCAUACAAUCCUUCAAUCAAUUCAUCACUCAAAGCAAAUCUGAUGGAACUGGAACUUCUCCGAUCGAAUCUGUCAAAAGUUCGUAUUCCCGAACCUACAAAUCGCAUUUACAAACAGGAAUGCUGCAUCAGUUUCCACACUCCGAGUUCAGAAGGUGGAUUGUUUGUGGAUAUGAACACGUUUCUUGCCUUUGGGAAGGACUAUGUUGGUUGGAAUUUCGAGAAAACGGGUAACCCAGUUUAUCUGCACAUAGAGCAAACCAAAAAACCGAUUCCUGAAGAUAGACCUUUGAAGAAACCUACGCUCUUGGCUAUAGGUAUUGAUGGAGGAUUUGAUAACCAAGAACCCGAAUACGAUGAAACUUACAGCAUAGUAAUAUUACCAGAUUACGCAACGUUGCCUUUUCCGUCAGUGGCAUUGCCCGAAAAGGUAAGGUUGGCAGUUGAUGCAAUUUUAAUUGCGGAGGGUGCUGAACGUAAGGAGCAAAUUGCAUCAUGGACAGCUGAUAAAAAGCAAGUUAGUCAACAUGCAUUGACUUUAAAACAGAUAGAUAAUGGUGUCAGAAUUCCUCCAUCUGGAUGGAAAUGUGCCAAGUGUGACAAAACUGAGAAUCUGUGGUUGAAUUUAACGGAUGGAAUGAUUCUUUGUGGGCGGAAACUUUGGGAUGGCAGUGGUGGUAAUAACCAUGCUGUUGAACAUUACAAUGAAACUCAUUAUCCGCUUGCUGUUAAGCUUGGAACAAUAACUUCUGAUCUGGAAGGAGCAGAUGUUUUUUCUUAUCCGGAGGAUGACAGUGUGACUGAUCCUCUUCUGGCUGAGCAUCUGGCGUUUUUUGGUAUCGAUUUUUCCUCCUUGCAGAAGACAGAAAUGACAACAGCUGAAAAGGAACUUGACCAGAAUACGAAUUUUGACUGGAAUCGGAUUCAAGAAAGUGGGCAGGAAGUUGAACCACUUUUUGGACCCGGGUAUACAGGACUCACUAAUCUUGGUAACAGUUGCUAUUUGGCUGCAACUAUGCAAGUUAUCUUCUCAACUAAUUCGUUUUGCUCACGAUACUACAAGAACCAAAGUUUGAAAACGGCUUUUGAUAUAGCUCCUGCUGAUCCAACUGUAGACCUGAAUAUGCAAUUAACUAAACUUGCUCAUGGUCUUCUUUCUGGUCAAUAUUCUAUUCCAGCAGUGCAUAAUGAUGACGUGGACUCAUCUUCAAGUGCUAAACAAGAAGGCAUUCGUCCCAGAAUGUUCAAGGCGGUAAUUGCAGCCAGUCAUCCCGAAUUUUCAACCAUGCGUCAACAGGAUGCACUCGAGUUUUUUCUACAUUUAAUUGACCAAGUUGAGCGGGUUAACGCCAGCAAUCCCGAAGCAGAUCCCGCAAGGAGUUUCAAGUUCGGUAUUGAAGAGCGCCUUCAGUGCCCUUCUGGGAAGGUUGCUUACAAUAAAAGAAACGACUACACUCUUUCCUUGAAUAUUCCACUAGAGAAGGCUACCAACAAAAAGGAGCUAGAAGAGUUUCACAAACUGAAGGCGCAGAAAGAGGCAGAGGGAAAGGACAUAUCUUCAGAUGAAAUCGUACGCCCGAGGGUGCCAUUAAGUGAUUGCUUAGAUAGCUUUUCUCACCCAGAGGAGGUGCAAGGUUUCUAUAGCACUGCAUUAAAAGCUAGAACAACUGCUAUCAAAACUGCCGGUUUGACUUCAUUUCCCGAUUAUUUGGUGCUGCAUAUGAGGAAAUUUGUUAUGGAGACUGGUUGGGUGCCAAAGAAGCUUGAUGUCUACAUAGACGUCGAUGAUGUCAUAGACAUUAGUCACAUGCGAAGCAAAGGUCUUCAGCCAGGCGAAGAAUUGUUACCUGAAGAUGCAGGAGGUGAGGAAGAGUCAACAAAGCUUUUGCCUAAUGAAGAUAUUGUUUCUCAACUUGCUUCAAUGGGAUUCAAUCAUCUUCAUUGUCAAAAAGCUGCAAUCAAUACUUCAAAUGCCGGGGUGGAAGAGGCAAUGAACUGGUUGCUUUCCCACAUGGAUGACCCAGACAUUGAUGCUCCUAUUCGUAAAGAGGCAAAAAACGAGGUUGAUCCAUCAAAAGUUGCUACACUGGUCUCUUUUGGAUUUGAUGAAGAAAUAGCUCGCAAGGCACUGAAGGCUUCGGGUGGUGACAUUGAGAAGGCAACAGAUUGGAUAUUUAACCCGAGUGCUGCGGCGGACGCUGCUACAUCAAGUAGUGUGGAUGCCACAUUAUCCGAUGGGGAUGGAAAAUACCGACUGAUUGGACUGGUGAGUCACAUGGGUACCUCGACUCAGUGCGGGCACUAUGUAGCGCACGUGUACAAAGAAGGAAGGUGGGUGAUUUUUAACGAUAAUAAAGUGGGCGUAUCUAAAAAUCCUCCAAAAGACAUGGCAUACCUCUACUUUUACGAGAGGAUUCAGAGUUGAGUAUUUCCUUCCCGUUUGACUUGGGAAUUCGGUUUGUAUUCAGAAGAGGGGAAAAGGAAAAGAGAGGGUUGGCGCUAAAAACGGUUGAUAGUUAAAAGUUGUUGGAAAUUGAUCAAGUGCUAAAAACGUUGUUGGAAUACUGAAUGUUUUUCUUGUCAUGUGGUGAAAAGAGGGUAGAAAUUUAAAACUCAUUUGGUCGUUGAUAUGCCAAUCUUGAUAUUUCUUCUAUAAAAGAGUAUUACCUUCUUAUUCUGGAAA